UGGUGGCCGAAGGGAGCAGGCUUGAGGCCUAGCUGGAGAAGCCUGCAAGGAACGAAGAUGCAGAGCUGGUGACUUAAACUGAAUGGUGGAGUCUUAAUUCUAAUUUUCGACACUGAAAUCCUCACCGGAGUUGUUUACUGAUUUGGGGUAGCUCGUACAUUUUAUUGCAGUCAAUUAUACAGACCAAUAUCGUUGUCCAGCAAGAUGACCCAGGCUGAAAUCAAGCUUUGUUCUCUUCUGCUCUGUGAACAUUUUGGCGAAAUUGUGGAAAAGGUUGGAACGCAGCUCAUCCGCAUGGGUGGGCAGACGUUAUGGAUGAUUUCCCAAAACACAAGCAUGUCACUUGACCAGGUCCGGAAAGCUCUCUGUGUCCUCAUCCAACACAACUUGGUGACCUUCCAGCAGCAGAAGCGAGGCCUGGUGGAGUAUGAAGCCCAGUGCAGCCGAACGCUGCGAAUCCUCCGCUAUCCCCGGUACAUCUAUACAGCCAAAACUCUCUAUAGCGAUACGGGGGAACUGAUUGUGGAAGAGCUGUUACUCAAUGGUAGAAUGACCAUGAGUGCUGUGGUGAAGAAGGUGGCAGACCGACUGACAGAGACAAUGGAAGAUGGUAAGACAAUGGAUUACAGUGAAGUCUCCGCCACCUUUACGUGCCUGGCAGAUACACAUUUUGUUCAGAGAUGCCCUUCGCCAUCCGAAAGUUCUGAGUCUGCCGAAACACAGCCUCCUCCCACACCUACAUUGGCCUUUAAUGAGAAGGAUAUGUAUGCUGUCCCAAAGCUGAACCUCAUAGGAAAGGGAAAGCGGAAGCAUUCCGACAACGCCAAGGAGGACGGUGAUAGAGGAGGAAAGCGAUCAAGACAAGACCCAGAGAGCGAAGAGCCUCUUGCAGACAGUGGGAUCUACUGGCAAGUCAAUAUAGAUCGUUUUCACCAGCACUUCCGGGAUCAAGCGAUUGUCAGUGCUGUGGCCAACAGGAUGGACCAGACCAGUAGCGAAAUUGUGCGGACCAUGCUGCGAAUGAGUGAAGUCACAACCUCUUCUAACGCCCCCUACACCCAGCCCCUCUCUUCCAAUGAGAUAUUCCGGUUACUUCCAGCCGGUUACAACGUCUCCAAGCAGAUUCUUGAUCAGUACUUAACCUUACUAUCAGAUGACCCGCUUGAGUUUGUUGGGAAAUCCGGGGAGAGCGGUGGAGGGAUGUACGUGAUCAAUCUUCACAAGGGCCUGGCCUCUCUCGCCACCGCAACGCUGGAAUCCAUUGUGCAGGAAAGGUAAAUUGAU